GCGUGAGAAAGGGAAGGGAGUAGUGAGAGUUGAAGGUGUGGCCACACCAUUAGUUGGAGGUGUGGCCAGCCACAUUUAAAAGUUUGUGAUGUACAAUAUCUCAAUGAUUACUAAAACCAAUCCUACUCCCAUGGCUCCACUUCACCAUCACCACCUGAGAUUUCUGGUAAAUCUGCUACUUCUACUCACCAUUUUCACUAGUGUUCUAAAAGUACAAGUUACAUGUACUUCCAUUGGAGUAAAUUGGGGAAGAAAUUCAUCACACCCACUUCCACCUUCUAAAGUUUUGCAAAUUCUCAAGUUCAACAAUGUCACUAAAGUUAGACUCUUUGAAGCUGAACCUUCUGUUCUUGAAGCUCUUAAAGGGUCCAAAAUUGAUGUUAUUUUGGGUAUUCCAAAUUAUAUGUUACCCAAGUUAAAUUCUUCUUUUAAAGUUGCUCAGAGUUGGGUUCAUGAUAAUCUUACUCGUUAUUUAUCUGAUUCUUCCCCUAAAGUUCGAAUUCGGUAUAUUGCUGUUGGCGACAAUCCGUUUCUGCAAGUUUAUGGUGGACAUUAUAUUCCAUUUGUAGUUGGAGCUGCUACCAACAUUCAAGCGGCAUUAACAAGGGCAAACAGAGCUGACCAGGUAAAGGUGCUUGUUCCGUGUAGUUAUGAUGCCUUUCAGUCGGAAUCUGGCUUGCCUUCGAAGGGGCAUUUUAGAUCCGACCUCAAUAAGACCAUGGUCCAGCUGCUCACAUUUCUCUCAAAACAUAACUCACCAUUUUUAACAAGCAUAUCUCCCUUUCACCUUCUCCAACAGAACAAAAACAUCUCCCUUCACUUCUCUCUAUUCAAAGAAACUUCCCACCCUCGUAAUGAUAAUCACAAACUCUAUGAUAACAGCUUUGACUUGAGUUAUGAUACCCUCAUCACUGCACUAUCAAGUGCUGGUUUUCCCCGAAUGGAUAUCAUCAUUGACCAGAUUGGAUGGCCCACAGAUGGAGCUGUUAAUGCCAAUUCCUCUACAGGUGAAACAUUCAUGAAAGGUUUGUUGAACCAUCUUCGUGGGAAAUCAGGGACCCCAUUGAGGCCCCACAACCCACCAAGUGAAGCAUACCUUCUCAGCCUCUUAGACGAAGAUCAAAGAAGCAUUGCUGAUGGUGGUUUUGAGAGACAUUGGGGAAUUUUCACUUUUGAUGGACAAGCCAAAUACGAGAUUAAUCUCGGUCAAGGUUCAAGAAGCCUUGUGAAUGCCCAAAAUGUGGAGUAUCUCUCUGCCAAAUGGUGCGUUUUAAACAACGACAAAGAUUUGAGCAAUGCCUCAGCGAGUGCCUUAGAUGCAUGUUCAACUGCAGAUUGUAGCGCUUUGUCUCCUGGAGGCUCGUGUUACAACCUUACUUGGCCUGGAAACAUAUCUUAUGCUUUUAAUAGCUAUUAUCAGCAGCAUGAUCAGAGUCCUGAUAGCUGUGACUUUGGUGGGUUAGGCUUGGUUACUACUGUUGAUCCAUCUGUAGAUAAUUGUAGAUUCGUUGUUCUACUAAGGACUUCAUAUGGAGGUAUUCCGCGAGUGCCUUCAUCCAUGUACUUGAUUCUUUUGUCACUGAUGGUAUUUCUGGUAUGAUUAAGUAGUCCUGUAAAUCAGAAGUGUGGCAAGCAGCAAUUUUCAACUGUUCUGUUAGCUGCUACCCAGAGAUUUGAUCUUGAGUUGGUUAGAUACCAAAUCAUUUAUUCAUAUUGUCAUUUUUGUCAUUGUGUA